CCAUAGGUUGGCCAUCGCUCGCGUCGGAUCAGCGCGAUGCAUGCUUUGGAGGGAUCGGAUCGAGGCCAUUGUCGAUCGCUUAGUCGACGCAAUUGAAAUCGGGGUUGCGAGCUAUAAAUCGUUCGUCUCGUUACAUGUUCAGGGAGCCAUUACUCGUGGCCUGAGUCGAAAUAUUGUGGAAGAAAACGCGUGUGCGUUGGUCCUCGGAAGCGCAUUUUGAGAAAGAGAAUUGAGAAAACUAGGGAGAAAAGGAGGUAGUUUCAGCUCUUUUGCGGCCAUUGGCUUCUUGCCGUUGUGUGUUGCCAGGAGUCCAAUGGCGUCAUUGGAUGCGAAUGGCAGUGCCCCUCAGCUAGCUGCGCCUAUUAACGACCGAAUUGAGAAUUUUAACAAGCUGAAUUGGAAAGGGAAGUUAACAGUGUCCACCAUCGUGGUUUGCGGCCUCGCCGCGGUUUCGCUGGCGGGAGUAAAACUGGUGCGGGGAUUACAUGGGGGAAUGAAAAAGGUUGUUUCGAACAAGGGGGGUGGCCAAGGGGGUGAUGAUAGUUCCCUGGCUUUCAACGUGGUUGCGAAAGGAUUUUCAACCGUGCAGUCCCAUAUUGGACCUUGGUCCUUCGAGGAUCUUACUCUUGGUCUCGCGGCCAUCUCGAAGGUGACAGAGAAAGGACCUCCUCAUCCACCAGGUCGACCAUGCAAGGAAAUUGCUCAGAAUGCCAACUUCUUGGCGCGGGUGCAGCACUGGCGAUCGAUGGCUGAAGCAGCUUACACCUGCGACCCCGCAUCGUUUUCAUUGCAAUCCCAGUUGCCGGAAUCAACCAUUGUUGCAGCCGAGUGGAAUCCAUGCCAGAAUACGCUUCGGCCGGCAUAUGUUGUCUGCAUUGAUGGUCCUUAUGGCGCUGUCGUUCUGUCCAUUCGCGGCACUUCACAGAUAGUAGACAUGCUCGUGAAUUCGGGGACAUCAGCGGAACCUUUUCGUGAUGGCCGGGCCCAUGGAGGCUUUGCUAAAGCGGCGGAAAGCUUGGUGCAACAGGUAGUUCCACACAUCAAGAGAGCAUUCGAGGAACAGUCGAAGAGCCAAAAAAAUUUAAAACUUGUGAUCACUGGACAUAGCAUGGGCGCUGCGGUUGGAGUCAUGGCAGGGAUGAAACUGAAAGAAUCGUCCGAAUUUUCCAACCUUGAAUGCUGGGGAUUCUCAACACCAGCUUGUGUUACCCUGGAACUUGCGAGGGGGUGUAAAGAUUUUGCCACAAGUUUUAUAGCGCACCAUGACGUUGUACCACGUUUCUCGAUCACUUCUGUGGAACGGUUGCGGAAGAGAAUUUGUGAUUUCGAUUGGGAUCAUGCUGAAAAAGUUGCGGGGGGAGAUGAUGAUUGGUGUAACAUUAAAUCAGUAGCUGAAAAGUUGAAAUCAGCUCAAGAGACGUCGAAAAAGAUGUCUAACUCAAUAAAAGAAGCUGAGGAGGAGCUUGGCAAGCAGGUAAAAGGUGUAUCUGAGAAGAUUGGGGUUCCUCUUUGCGAGAACAACAGCACAGAUGAAGACUCUGAAGACAAAAACAGGAACAAAGAGGAAGAAAAGGAAGAGGAAAAGAAAGAACAUCCUCCACUCUACCCCCCUGGAAGGCUCUUUGUUCUUACUGCGGAUCCCCCCGGAAGUGGAAAGAUGCCUGAGGACCGCAGUGGUAUUCCGAGUUCACGAUCCUCGGGUACUUACCCUACAUUUGAAGAGGCCAAAAAGGUGACCUGGACAUUGAACGAAGCAGAUCAGGAAGACUUGGAAGAGAUUGUAAUUUCCCCAUGGUGCGUCUCAGAUCAUAUGCUUGGCAACCUUGGGGAAGGAAUAGGUUAUCUGCAACGUCAUUGUCAACCUGCAUUUGGUGGCCCUCCUCCCUUGUAAGACCAGAGACUUAGUUUUGUUUUAAGAUGAAAGCAAAGUGAGCAUGUGUUUUUGUGAGUUUUAUAGCGCUUCAUGUACCAUAGUAGCUUCCAUGUGAAGAUUGUAGAAUAUGAAUAUGAUCCCAACUUUAUUUAAUGUUCUUCAAUUCAAGAGAUUUUAGAUACAU